AGGAGCUACCAACCAGCAGCGUUAGUGAGAUCGUCCGGAGGAUGCUCGUGUUUCAGUGAGCUUCAGCGGGAUAUAAUGAUUAUUAGGCUAAAGGGAAGGAAGACAGACGUUCCCGGGCUUCUACCGAUUUACGCCUUAAGGGAAGGACGCUGACAGGAAUAUGCAAACAGCAUGCAGUGACUGAGACUGAGGCCUGAAGGCACAGUGGGUCCGGUGGCGGCAGCAGCAGCAGCAGCAGGCAUCUAGCUUAGAUGAAGGAUGAAGAGCCCAGUGCACAGAUGCAGGGAUGUGGAGCACGGGCGUGGACAGGGUGGGGCCGCGGCAGGAGCCAACUACCUACAGGCCGAGCAGCGCAUCCCUAUCUCCAAAGACGUCAUCACUUCGUCCUCUGCCUCUGCCAUGUGGUUCAUCAGGGAUGCCUGUGGCAUCGUGUGCGCUGUCAUCACCUGGCUGCUGGUGUUUUAUGCGGAGUUCGUGGUGUUGUUUGUGAUGCUGCUGCCUUCCAAGAAUCUGACGUACAGCAUUGUGAACGGGACCCUGUUCAACACUCUGGCCUUCCUUGCCCUCGCCUCACACCUCAGGGCCAUGUGCACCGACCCUGGGGCGGUGCCAAAAGGGAAUGCUACUAAGGAAUACAUAGAAAGCCUUCAGCUGAAACCAGGGCAGGUGGUCUACAAAUGUCCCAAGUGCUGCAGCAUCAAGCCUGACCGAGCACACCACUGCAGUGUUUGCAAACGCUGCAUUCGAAAGAUGGACCACCACUGCCCCUGGGUCAACAACUGUGUAGGGGAGAACAACCAAAAGUACUUUGUGCUUUUCACAAUGUACAUUGCACUCAUCUCUCUCCAUGCUCUGGUCAUGGUGGUCUUCCAUUUCCUCAACUGCUUUGAAGAUGAUUGGACAAAGUGCAGUUCCUUCUCUCCUCCAGCAACAGUCAUCCUCCUCAUACUCCUGUGCUUUGAGGGUCUCCUCUUCCUCAUCUUCACCUCUGUGAUGUUUGGCACCCAAGUCCACUCCAUCUGUACCGACGAGACCGGCAUAGAGCAGUUGAAAAAGGAAGAGAGAAGAUGGGCUAAAAAAACUAAGUGGAUGAACAUGAGGGCGGUAUUUGGACACCCUUUCUCCUUAUUGUGGUUUAGUCCCUUCUCCACCCCUGACCAUGGGAAGGCUGAGACUUACCAGUAUGUGGUGUGAGAGCUCAGCACAGGGAACGAGGAGGCUGGGUCAAAACUUAAGUGGGACGCCCUGCCCACUGUGCCCAGUGCUGAACGUGAUUUACACUGUAUCGCCCACGCUAGCCAUGGACAGCUUUCCAUCUGCUUUUUGUGUUGCCAGCUAAGUGCGCUAUCCGUUUAUUUUUGUGUUGCCUUGAGUGAGUGGAGUUGCAGAGAAAAAGAAAACACUUUCAGUUUGUGAAUCCUAUUUGCAAUCACUGUGAUGAAUCUGUUUUUUCUGAGCUGUUUCUAUUUCUGUUGUUUUAUGAGAAACCUUCUCUUUUCUUGCUCUGUGUUUACUAUUGCUUUCCCAUACGGGUCAUUUCAACUACAUUCCAGAAAAACACAUUUUCUCACUUAUCUUUAGUGGUGUCUAGCCAUGCUGACUGUUUUAAUUUUAGGUGUUGAGGUUUUCAAAACCCAAUAUAGUGGGAGAGAAUGGAAUUUAAUUUAGGUCAAAUAAUAGUAAAAGAGUCCCCAUCACAUGUUCCCACACCCCUAGUUGAUGUGUUUAUUCAACCAACAGUCCAAAACCCAAAGAUAUUCAAUUUACGUUCAGAGAAGAAGAAAACCAACAAAUAUUCACAUGGGAUGAGCUUCCAAUUAGUUUGACUGACUUAUCGCUUAAUCGACUAAGCGUUUCAGCUCUAGUUUCAUAUGUGGUCAAAGCAUAGAACAUGGCAUUAGAGAAGCUCAGCGGCAAUGUCACAUUGUAGAAUGAAUAUCUGAGUUGCUAAGGUUGAUUCACAGACCUGUGUGGUCUGCUGAUUAUUCAGAAUAACCAGGACAUUGUUUCUGGAUAUAUAAAUGCUGAAUUUCAGAUGAGUUCCAUUCACCUCCACUGUACAAGGGUGAAGCAGAAAAUUCAAAUGCUGGGCAGAUUAAAGGAAAACCAUCUGCAUGGCUACAUACUACUAGAGGUAAGUGUAAAAAUGUCUUUCGUAAUUUGGGUGAAUUGACCCUUUGAAUCUUCCUCGUCAGACAGUAAUCAGCAGUGUGUUCCAGAUGUGGAUAAGCUUUUAAAGAAGUCCCCACUAGAAUGGAUUAGAUGAAUGGUCAAGUUAUACUAGUUUCAGUCUCUACAAACAGAUUCCAUGUGGGAGCCAGAUCCAUUCUAAGGCUGAUCCUUUUAAAUGGUGCCAAAUACAUCACGUAAAGGAACACUUUCCAUCAUUACUGUGGAUUUGUAGUCAAUUAGGAUUGUGAAAAUAUUUUAAAUACACCCUGCAAAAAAGUUUUUUUCUGCAAAAAGUCAAGGCCUCUUUUGCCCAUUCUUACAAUUAGAAAUGCACUGAUCCCAUUUUUUUUCCUGAUUACAAUUCUGACACAUCAACUCAGGGUGUCUGCCAAUAGCCAUUCCCAGUGUAAUACCAGUUACCAUACUCUGUUUUUCCUGUUUUUAAAACCUGUACACCACACUGUGAGGUGCACUCCUACUGACAGUACCCGGUAUUUAUUGUAAAUACUGAGAGCUGAGAUUAUCAAAUCACUUUGAUAGUGUUAUUGGUGGGUAAAUUAUUAUCCACAGCUCACCUGUGAGUCCCUGGUCAAGUCGACAGUAUCUCAUCACAGAAGAAAACAAGUGAUCCUUUAACGUGCUGUAUUUGAGCUUCACAUGACAGACCAAAACAGUCACUCUGCAGUUUAACCGUGUGUUUUAAGUGACUUGAAUAGCUACAUGUUGCCCAAGCGAGGAACAUUCUCCCUGAUUCCUCUCUGAUACAUGCUCGACAUGAACAAAGCCUUUGUCGGGGGGCAGAGGUGUUUUUGUUUUUUUCUUCACAAGCCAGGAAGUCUCUGUUUGCUCCAUCAAACAGAAUCAAUUAAGGAUCAGAACACCAGCUUUUUUUGGUCUUGGCAGGUUUUGCUCAAACAUCCUUGCAAUGCUCAGUGAGGAAAUGAGAUGGUUAAAUGUCAGCCAGCCUCAGCUUGUCUUUCAGCAGUGAAACAUGGCUGAUUAACAGGCUGUCAGCAUCCAUAUUGUAACGUGCUUAUUCUCCCUUUUUUGAGGAAAGGUUUGGCUGUCCACAGUAGCACUGUGUGUUUGUGUGUGUGUGUGCUCAUGCAUGGACACUUGCCAGUGAAACAGCCCCUGUGGUGUUUUCAUGUUGUGAGGGUGUGCCAAAUUGAAUGAUUUCCACAAUUACAUGAUUAUCUGGGAAAGCUUUUAAAUGAAAUUCCUCAAAAAGAUGACACUGGCUUAGCUUUGAAAUUAUCUUUGCUGGAGAAAACUCCUUAAAUCCUGUGUGGACUCAAAGGGAAGCGCCGUAUGAAAAUGUGUAACUCUGCAUACACCUUAUUAUGCAGCAGCAGGAUAUUAGCUGGACUGUAUUUCUGCACUAUUCCAGGUUACUUCAAAGCGGUUAACAAACUAUUAACUUUCAUCAUUCACAUUUCCACAUGUACUAAAAAGGCUAAUUCGCACUUUGUAUUUAUCAUUUAAGAUUUUCUUCUGUGUGACCUACUCUGUUCUACAGUGUGCAUUUUAUUCUUCUAUUCUUUGUUUACAUGAUAUUGUAUGCAUCCUUUGUUAUUUGAAUGCAUGGUACAAGUGAAGGCUAGUUUAGUGAUGUAUGUGAAACACUGCUGGUAUGAUGGUGCCAAGUCUCGCUGGUGAGAGUGAUGCUGGAGAUGAUUUGUUUUUUUACAGAAAUUCUUUCUAAAUAUUCUGAAGAUAUUUCAGCACAUGCGCAGAGAAUAAAUACUUCUCAGUUGCAAUGCAAAAACUGUGUUUGCUUGCUUUUUUUGACUUAUUUAUUUCCCUCUGAUUGUGUGUGGGGGGUGCUCUUAGGACCAAAUAUGGGUUCUGCCUCUGUAUUUUUUAUGUUCAGAUGUUGUUGAAGAGGUUUCUACUUUCCCUGCAUACUGUCCUUCCGCUCCCUGCAUUCUUAAAAAUGUUCACUCUGUCCUUGUCUUUCAUUCUUUUCCCACUUUACUGUCUGUAACCUGCCUCUUUCCCACGCAAUGUUUUCUCCACACUCAUGCAUUUGCUUUGGUUGAUGACUCAUUCGGCCAAAAGCUUUCUGAAGCAGACAACUCUUUAAAAUGUCGAGGAGAGGUAAGCUUGUAACAGAGGUGACAUUAGCCGUCCCAUCAAGCUUAGCACAUUACAAGCAUGCAGAUUUCAAUCUGAAGGCCAAUGUGUGCUUCAUGUCUUGUUUUUUGACGUUUCAGAUUCAACCAAACAUUAUGAAUGAAUGAGUGACUUCCAUGUGUGACAGGAUGCAUGCUCUCUUUUGGUCAUUUCACACGUUUUCUUCUUCCGCAGGGGUUCUUUUCCAUUUUUUAAAUGCAUGUGAGUCAUUCUGUGCAGUGUUUUGUGGCAUUUUGGGCAUGUUUCUGAGAAAACAAAUGAAUCAGAAAGCAUUUAAAUGAGAGACUUUAAAAGCAUUUAACACAACACUCACAUUAUGUACAUGGAAAGAGAUGUUGGUUGCUGUAACCAAUCCUGUCUAAACUGACCCUCCACAGCUACACUGGAAAAGGUGGAGGACAAAAUCCAGUCUUUACAAUGUGCAAAAAUACUUUAGCCAUUCAGUCAGACAAAUGAAUCUUCUAAGACUGUUACUGUGAGCAAAAAUAAUAACUAAGCCGUUCAGAUUCACUUCCAUGCACCCUGCAAAACCUAACCAUAAAAUAUGCUGCAGAAGUCAGUGUUCUUUCUCACUGCUUCCACAGCCUCGCUAGGUGACAAGCUAACAGGUGACUUUUAUUGUCAUGGUAACGUGACUGCAGACAAAAGGCAGCCAAUAGCCUAGUAUUUUUUAUAUAUUAUUUUUCUGUUCAUAGUGUUGAAUUCUAAAUGAUCAACAAUCCCUUUUGCUGAGGGUCAUGCAAUAGAGCAAAGAUCAAAUUGCACCCAGAUCCUAGCAUACCAACAUACUGUAGACCUGUUUCCAAGCUACUUUUUGCAUUUUAAGAUUUUAAAAAACUUAGUCUGCAGGCACCUUCUGCAACUGUUGUAAGAAACUGACAUAUUUGAUGAAAACCAAUCAGGCUUUCGUCAGAAACACAGCACCGAGACAGCUCUGCUGAGGGUCACGAAUGGUACUGACGUGCAGCUAGAACAUAGUGAAUUUGCCAUUUUAGUUCUUUUAGAUUUGUCUGCGGCCUUUGACACAGUUGAUCACGUAGCACCACACCAAGUUUUUAGUAUCCACGGAGGUACCUGUGCUCCAAUAACUUGUGGGGUGCCUCAGGGAUCAAUUCUCAGACCCUUUUUAUUUUCAUAUUAUGUGUGCUCCCCUUAGGUCACUUGAUGCAUUAAUUUGGUUGUUUUAUCAUUGCUACACUGGUGAUAUGCAACUCUACUUAGUCCUCUCAAAUUUAACUACCCUCCACAAGUGUCAGGUUGAGAUCAGAAACUGGAUGUCUCAAAGUUUCAAUAAAAUCACAGUAAAACUGAAGCUCUGGUUUUUGCCCCAGAUCAGGUCUGUACUAACAUCCUCCAACACCUCAUUUCAUUGGCCACUAACAGAAAAUCCUUUGCCAAAAACCAUGCUUAGACUGCUGUAAUGCUCUUUAUUCCUUUCUAAACCAAGAUGCUGCUACCCCGGUUACAGUUAGUCCAAAACUCUGCAGCAAGACUACUCACUAAGACCUCACAUCUGAUCAAAUUCAAGAUGCUCCUCUUCAUCUAUCAGGCUUUGACAAAUCAUGCUCCACAGUAUAUUAGUAAAAUAAUAAUGCUGUAUACAUCUGCUAGGCCCCUCAGGUCCUCUGAACAAGGCAGGCUGUCCUGGGUCCCAGCCGGUGGAACAGUCUCCUCCUGGGAGGCAGAUCUGCAGACUCUCUGGGUAUUUUAAGUCCCAGCAGAAGAACGACCUUUUCUCUAAGCCAUUUUGUGUUGAGCCAUCUACACUAUUCUGAGUUGUGAUGCUUCUGAUGUUGACUCAUCUUAGUCCGAUUAACCUUUUAUCUUUUUGUAAAACACUUGGUAACAUAGGUUUUGAAAAGUGGUAUACAGAUACAAUUCUUAAUGAAUAAAAAUCUUACUAGAAUCUAUGUAUAAACAGCCCAACCCUGCUGGAGUACACAGCACAACCUGGUGCUCUAACACAUGAUGUAUAGCUUUUGAUUCCAAACCAUAAUUACAGAUUUUUAUUUUAUUUUUUUCACAACUACUAAAAGUUGGUCAAAUUGGAAAUACAAUGUGACAAGCCUAGUAUCUUACAAAGCCGCUCUUAGUCGAUUUGUUUCCCCUGAGCCCAACCUUAGCAUUAACCCCAGCUGGUCAUCUCUAUAACACCAAACCAUUAACAUGAACCUAAAUUAACUUAACCAUAAACUUAUCCCAGUCAGGAAUGGGUGUUGUCAGGAAACGCUGGUUGAAAGGGACUGGAUAAACACCACAGUCAUCCUACACCUGACUGGCAGAAUGAAGAAACCCAGACCACCCUGAUGCUGGUGCGUCAGUCUGUCCACCACUUCGGUCCAGAUUGAGAAUUGAUCCUGUUUACUUUGGUGCUGUGAUGACUUUUCAUCUAAUGCCACCAGUAGGUCAACAUUUUUACUUAUUUGUGUGAAAUAUCUCAACAUCUACUGGAUGGAUUUAUCACAAAAGUUGGUGCAGGCUUUCAUGGUUCCCAGACAUUUCAUUUUUUACCGUGUAGUCACUCUAGGACGGGAUUGUUUGAUGGCUGGUGUGGACAGGAGCAGUGAUUACAGUGACCAAUAACUCCUUCAGCAUACAUACGGCCAGUGAGUGAUCUAUUGAGAUAGAUGUGAAGAAAUCUGAAGGCUUUUUGUCAGGUUCUCUUUAGUCUGAUUUCUGUCUGAGAAACAGGCCCAAAGAGUGAAAUCAUAGUGUUGCAGUUUUACUCAUCCUUUGUGUCGGUGAGUGAUGGUGCAUGUAGAAAGCAACAGACCUCCAGUCCUUUCUGGCUCAGCCCCUUUCACCUCAGACCCUCCUUGUUGUGUCUUCUGCAGGGAAUCGAGCGUCUGAAGGGGGAGACGGGGAAGUGGGGGAAGGUGCCGUGUUGGGAGGCCAUGCAGUUGGCUUUCGGCGGCCCGUUCUCUCUGUCCUGGUGCAGCCCCUUCGCAGGGCUGAGCUGCAAGCAGAGCCCC